AUGGCGGGUCCGGGGACUGAUGCCAACGCCAACGACGCCAUCGACGCCCCGCCGAGCACGAACAGCUACGGCUGGGAACAGGGAACCGCUGGCCAACAGCCUCCGGUUGGCCACCGUCAGACAAGCAACUUCAAGACCACGAGUGGUCCUCAAAAGAAAUUGACGCCGCCACUGCAGCUACACGAACGCAAGCUGCUCAGGGUCAGUUCCGUUUCCGUCCGGAGGCCAGUCUACUGGUCGUCGAGCGACCAACAACAACAACAACACCACCCUCACCCUGACGGGCGACUGCUGCGGCGCUCACGUUCGCUCUCUGUCCUCCAUCAUCAUCGUCAUCAUCAUCAUCAAGACCCGCCGCUCAACCAAGACUCGCCGUCCGCCGAGCGACACAUCCGAGUCUAUCUGCAGCCAGAGACUCGAGACCGCCCUUCGUCUGCGCAAGAGAACGGCCGAGAACAAGGCCAGGCACAGGCACAGGCACCACCACGACCGUCGUCACCGCCCAUACGGCUACGACUAUUGCAACAAUUACAGCUACAAUUACCACAGCGACUACAACUACCACAACAGCCCCAGCCGCGAGGACCUCCCCCUCGACCGCCCCCUCCGCCGCGUCUGUACCCGGUGCCCGGUAGGAGAAACGGCGUCGGCAUCGCGGUCCCGCCCCUCGGUUCUGCAUCACGGAGCAGAGCCACCAUCGCCAACUUCAACCGGAAGUACCGACAGACCCAGGCGCACCUCUCCGUCGUCUCCAAGACCGCCGCCCAACACCGGAGCUACUGGCCCGACAACUUCCGCGACCCGCGUCACGGACUCUCCAUCGGGCACAGCUCCUCGCCCGACACCUCGACGCGGCCGAUAUCCCCCGUACCCCCAGUCCCGGCCAUCCCGAAAUCCCUUGCGAGCGAUCGUCCGAAGCCCCGUCUCGCCGAGAUCGGCCCUCUCGAAGAGUAA